AGUGACAUCAUUCAACCAUGGCUCAGUUUUAUUCUUUGGCCGCAUUUUUUUGUCGUAUGAUUCAUAUAUGUGACACAACGGAAGAAAGACUGACACAACGGAAAAAAAAUUAUUGCUUGACAGGUUCACCUCAAAGGACAAUGUUGGCAGGAUCCUGCGGGAAUCUUCGAGCUGGUGGAGCUUGUGGGAAAUGGAACAUACGGCCAAGUGUACAAGAUGUGUGGCAGCGGGGGCGUGGUCAAGCAUCGGUCUGUGACAGGAGGGCGGAGUCAGGGAAGAUGACAUAUUGGUAUGCUGUGGUUGAGUUCCUGGCUGAGGGUUCAAUAUCUGUCGUCCCCAGAGAAUGGAUUGAGAGUGACAAAGAUGGUUUCUACAGCUACUGGCCUCGGGACAGACCCACAAGGAGAGCAGAGAAGAGGGAGCUGCCAGAUAAGCAGAACCGGUCACGCUACCAAAUCAAUAUAAUGUCUUUUACAGAGGACUAUUCACAGGUGUUGCGGCGGGCAAAGAAGGCAGAGAACACGUCCAACCUGUCCACAGAUGAUGAGCCUCAGCAGCAACGUACCAAACGAAGGGCUAAACCAAAUAAGAAAUUCAUGCAAGAUGAUGCAUCUGAACAAAGUGGGGAAGAGGGAACUGAUGAUAACGAUGUUGCCCCCCCCUCCCCCCCCACCUAAGAGGCAGUUGACCAGUGCACCAGAGGUACCGGAAACACCUGCACCAAGGUCAAGGCCAGGAACAUUGCCAACACCACCACAACUGAAUACAGAGGACCUUGAAGAGCUGUUCAGGCCGAGGAGUACAGAUACAUGGCAAAAUACCAGAUCAGACAAUUAUCAGAGAAAGGUUCUGAUGCGCCUUGAUGAAAUUGUGCAGAAUCAGAAGGUUCAGAUGAAUCUUUUGAAACAAAUCGGCAAAAGGUUCAGCAGCAGGGCCUGAUGAUGAUGUUAUUGAAGACAAGUUGGAGGAUCCUCUAACAUCAACUGAAGAGUUAGACAGGUUCUGUGAAAAGCUGGCAGAUCCAGCUCUAAGGAAGAAUUUGGUGACUUUAUUGAGUGCUAUCGGUGGGCGUGAUGUGGGAGAUACCAUCCGAAGGAUGAUGAAAAAGUUGGGAACUUCCCAACUGUGGUCUCAGUUCAACAUGAAAGGAAGGAAGAAGAAGCGGUCAUUUGAGGCCCUGCCACUCAACAGAGUUAUAUAUACAACUAAGGCUCAUGCAGCCCAAGAGACCUCCUGGGAUAAUGAGAUGAAGGAUGAAACGAUCCCCAGACUCGGGUGUGAAUCUACCACUCUGUCAUGGGGGCUCACUUAUAUUAUGCUCCAACUUAUAUGUACAGAUGUAUGGUUGGUAGGAGUUUCAGUGAAUAAAGUUAUUUUGAUAAGCUGGUUUAAAGGAUUGAAAGUUUGAAGAAUUUGGUGAAAUGAUGGAUACCAAAGAUGAGGAUGAUGGUAAGCAUUGGUUGAUAUACACUUUUCAUUAUAAGGGAAGCUGUUCUCUAACUCUGGCCAGUGGCCACUUGACCCUGCAUGGUUCUCGGUCCGAUGCUGAUGAUAAGAUUAGCAACAGUUUAAAUAUGACAACAUGAAUCAAAAUUGCAGACAUUUAAGAAAUUCUUGACUAAGUUUACCUGCAGAAUAAACCUGAAUUCUGCAUAUAUAAAUUCAGAAAUAAAUUCAUUAAACAUUAC